AUGCCAAUUAUAGCGCGUGUCUUGAAAUUCGAUUAUUCGCGCUUCUUGUACGAUCUCUUUGUUUUGCCAAUGAGGAUCGGUGUAACUAUGGUAUUGGCAACUAUUAGAACGAUCGUACCCUUCCGUUCAAAGAGUUUAUUGGGGGAAACUGUGCUGAUUACUGGCGCUGGACAUGGAAUUGGUCGUGAAUUGGCCAUGCAGUUAGGUUCUUUGGGUUGCAUAAUCGUUUGUUGGGACAUAAACGCGGAUGCAAAUCGAUCUACGAUGAGUGCCGUAUCGGAAAACGGUGGCGAGGUAUACGGUUUUGCUGUAGACGUAUCUAACAGACUAGAAGUCCGUGAAACCGUAAGAUUGAUGAGGAAACUGGGGAUACCCGAAGUGUCAAUUUUGAUUAAUAACGCUGCAGUAUUGUAUCAUGCACCGUUUUUGAAUCAGGAUCAGGACCUCGUCGAGAAGACUUUCAAUGUCAACGUUCUCUCGCAUUUCUGGACGAUCGAAGCCUUUCUUCCAAAUAUGAUAAAAAAUAAAAAAGGUCACAUAGUGUGUUUGAGCAGUAUGUGCGGUAUAUACGGAGUGUCUGAAAAAGUCGCGUAUUGCUCUUCAAAGUUUGCAGUCAGAGGAUUAAUGGAAGGACUUUACGAAGAAUUAAGGCUGGAUCCUGAUACAGCCAAUAUACGAUUAACGACCAUUUAUCCAUUUUACGUGGAUACCGGAUUAGCUAGAGAUCCGAAAUACAGAUUCCCCUAUAUAUUUGGGAUUUUGUCCCCGCAGUACGCCGCGAAAGAAGUAAUUAAAGCAAUAAGGAGAAAUUACGUCGAAUACGCGAUACCACGAUGUCUUCUUACGUUGAACGCUAUCAACAGAAUUAUUCCUGAAAAUACGAUGAGGCUCAUUCUCGAUUUCCUGUCGGACGCGGAACGGAAACGAGAGAAGAAGUUUGCGAAUGACGCGAGCGAUACGUCAGAACGGUGUUAUUAUAGUUAA